AUGUCCUAUUUUUCGCAUUCACUUCAGCACUUUAUCAGGUUGCGAUGUAUCUACGAAAACGAAGAUUUGCACCUUACCGCACAUGCAUCUGAGGAAGACGUUGUGCAGCUGCUUAUUGGAACGCAUAAUAUCAAAAUGGAUAAUCAGAUAUGUCGGUUGUCCUUGGAUGGUGAAUAUUCUCGUAUUUCCUCGCUCUCCUUCCCUCAUCCCGCAGGUGAAGUACGCGGUUUAGCAUCUUGUCCCUCUGAUGCAAAGGUUGUGGCAACGGCUGCAGCUGACUUUAGGGAGUCUCCCGCCAAGUUUGGUGUUCAUCUAUGGGAGAUGGAUAAUGAAAAGAAUGCACUAAAGGAAUUAUGUUCUACAAGCGUGGAAGAAUGCUCUUUGAGUCUUGAAUGGGACCAACCGAGUGAUCAAGUGUCAACUUUGUUCCAUUCAUCUGUGCAGAUUUUCGAUCCUCAUUCGGGCAUGAAAGUGAACAGUAAAUUAACCUUGAAUGGUAGCGUACAUGCUCAGGCUUGGAAUCCUCACAGUGGCGGCAACCUUUUAGGAUUAGCCAUGGAUAAAGAUAUCAUGUGCUAUGAUUUACGUACAUCAGAGGAAGCUCUCCGCAUUCAAGACACCCAUGCUCAUCGUGCUCUUCACCUGGAUUUCAAUCCGAAUUUGCAACAUGUCGCUGCAUCUUGUGGGGAUGAUGGAGCUGUACGAUUGUGGGACUGGCGUCAGCCUGACAAAUCUCUUGUGACUGUCGUGCCGCACGCCCACUGGGCCUGGCAAGUUCGCUUCCACCCGGUUCACGACCAGCUGAUUUUAUCAGCUGGAAGUGAUGCGACCGUUGUACUAUCGUGUGUACUCUCCGCAAGCAGUGAAAUGGGAGACUUAGGGUUAGACGGUCCCACAGAAGAAACCGAAGAAGAGACCUCGGAAAAACUGGAGGAUGGGCAGCUGGAAAGGAUAGAGGAACACGAAGAAUCAGUAUAUUCCUGCAUAUGGGCAGCAGCAGAUCCGUGGACUUUUGCAUCCCUGUCUUACGAUGGACGUGUGGUUGUCUCUAGAGUUAGUCGAAAGCAUAAAUAUGCGCUUAUGAAGUUGUGAUAGUCGAUCUCGCAGUGUCUCUCACUUUCUUUUGCCAGUUCAUGUACAAAGCUUUACAAACUUUAUUAUUUAUUCAUUAUUUACAGUGAAAGCAUGGGAAUCAUUGUUGUUGGUUGUGUAAGAAUUUAAUAAAUGAUGAG